AUGCCAAGGAGUAGAAAAACGAUAAAAUCCGUCCUCGAGGAAGCAGAGAGGCUUCAUAAUAAAAAAGGUGUUCAUCAACAGCUAAUAAAGAAAGCUAAACAGGAAUACGAAGACCUCGCAAAUCACGCUACACUGCUGAAGGAAAGCAAUCCAGAUGUUCACGAAGAAAUGAAGACUAGAAUAGAAAAAAUGCCAGGAAGUUUGCAUUUAAGGCUGGAGAAACCCAAAGACUUCGGCAGUCUACAUGACUUUUUAGUAUCUCAAAACAAAGAAAUAGAUGUAUGGAAAAGUUAUGCACUGUUAUUGGAAUGUCGAAAGCACAAGUUAGAAUCUUCACCUGCUAAGAAUAACAGAUCUGUUGUUAACUCUGCAAGGCAAAGAAAACCAACUAACGCAGGAAAGAGACAAAGCUCAGGACUUGUAGGCAAUGGAAAUAAUAAAGGACCAAGUCAACGCAUUAGAUCUCAGACAAUUGAAAAUGGUGAGACACAACAACAAAAGCAACAAUUCAGAGAAGAAAUUGAACAUAUUAAACUUAUGGAAGAAAACGAAAAACUCAGAGAAACAGUACGAGAACAAAAGCAACAAACUGAAGAACUUACAACAAGAUUAAGCAGAUAUGCAAGUCAACAAUUAACACAGGGAAACCCAAAUAUAGCUGACCUAAGUGAUAAAAAUCGACCAACUAAAAUUGGAGAGAAGUUUUCCUUAGUGUAUGAUGACCAAUGGUCAGAGGCUUUUGAAGCAUUGAAAGUAGGAGGAAAGACAGAGGAAACCGUAGUUACGGAGCUAGCACGUUUAGUUAAGGAAUGUUACAAAUUUUCUGAUGAGACUAAAGAUAAAAUGAGAAACGAAUUAGUGAAAAGAACAGCCGAGGUGAUCAGGAACCCGUUGCAAUCAUCAUUGUCAACUGCAGAAGAACCAAAAGAUGUCAAUUUAACAGGAUCAAAUGUUAUUUUUAAUGACCUUUUGAAAAAAUAUGGAGAACAGUCAGUCAAAUCUCUUCAAAUAGCGUUUAGAAAACAGAAGGAGAGCUACACACGUGAUAAAAGACUUACUGAUUAUCUGGACAUUCUGGUAGAACUCACGUGGAACAUGGUCGUACAGGAUCCGCCAAUGACCCUAAACUUUGCUAAGAACGGAGAAAAAAUAGAUGAAAAGUCAUUCAAACACUACAGCAAGAAAGGCAAUGUCGCACUCGUUUGUGUUUGGCCUGCUUUACACCUGUAUAAUGGUGGACCAAUUGUAUCAAAAGGCUUUAUUCUUCCUCAGUAAUGCUUUUUACUACUGCCAAUCAACAAUGUAUAUGAAGUCCAUAUUAAAAACUUUGUCAAUUUUCCCCCCAUUU